AUGAACUCGGAUAAAACUCUGGCGAUAACUAGCAUAGUUGCACACAUCGAUCACGGAAAGACAUCGGUUAUCGACAGCCUGAUUGCUUCUCAGGGACGAAUCUCAAAGACACUUGCAGGCUCGAUCAGGUUUCUCGACACAAGAGAGGACGAGCAGGCAAGAGGAAUAACCCUGAAGCUGAGUGCGAUCUCGUUGAUGCAUAAUGGGCAGCAGCAUGUAUUCAUUGACACGCCAGGGCACGUUGACUUUGAGGCACUAAUUCAAGUGAGCUCGAUACUGUCAAACAGCUUUCUGAUUCUUAUAGACAUCAACGAGGGAAUAACGCCCCGGACGCUUUCGCUUGUCAAGUACACAAAGGGAAAGCGGUGCGUGCUGAUGAUUAACAAAAUAGACAAGAUCAGCUCGCCAGAAGAGAUGUAUGGCAAGGCCACGGCUGUUGUGUCGGCAAUCAACGGGCUAGUUGGCAGUGAUGUGUUUGAAUGGAAACGAAACAAUGUUAUACUAUGCUGUGCAACGAUGUGUUAUGGAAUCAGCAGCAUGGGCUUUGAGAGCGCUGUGCAAGCAAAAGGAACAAUCAAGGAUGCAAUCAGGUUUAUUUUCCAUUUGCACAAACAGAUUGAUGAUGGCGAUAUAAGCAAGCUGCAGGAAAGGUUCAUCAUAUGCGGCAGAAGCAAGAAAAGCAUACUCUCGACGAUUCUUCCACUGUCUGAUGCAAUAUUCAGUUCGGUCAAGUAUGAUGGCAUUGAUGAAUGGAAGCUGUUUCUACAGUCUGAUGCUGUAAGUCUAAGAGCAAUGCCGUUGUGUGGGGCACACUCGCCCUCUGUGAUGGGUGUAACGGUAUACUCGGUUCUGAAGAACUGCGGGGUGUAUUCAAGAGACUCGUUGCUUUUUGUAACAAGAAUCUUCCAUGGCACAAUAAAGACGGGCCAGUCUUUGUUUUCUGUCAACAGCGAAAGCAUUGCUGAGUUUGUGAUUGAAGGCUUGUAUUGCUUUGGCAUAAAUGAAUUGAUUGAGGUUAAAGAGGCAUCAGGGCCUGCAUUAGUGUGUAUCCAAGGAAAUGUGAUGAAGAAUUCGUUGAUUACGGAUGUUCCCACACAUUGGAUGGACUUCCAAAGCAAGGUUACGCCUUUCUACAAAUUCAAGGUUGUUCUUGAAGAUCCUGAGUUACUAGAUGAGCUGAAGAGUGUUCUGCGUGUGAUGUCAUGCACUGAGCAAUUUCUCAAGGCAAAGGUCAACAAGUAUGGAGAGGUGGAGGUCUCGUGCACAGGAAAGGUGCAAUCUGAAAAAAUCAUCACGGACCUGGUGCAUUCGGGACUUGAAUUUUGUGUAAUGGGUUUAGACGAUCGCUUCUGUGAGUAUGCAAUUGAAUGCUCUAGUGGUGUGUUUGAGAUAGAGAAGCUUGUGCUCAAGGUUGAAGUGUGCAAGUCGAUCGGAGAGGACAAUUGCUCCAGCCAAUAUAAGGGAUGGAGAGAUCGGGAUGGAAACGAGUUUGUGGUGGCAUCGGAUGUGCUUCUACAAACAAUCAGCAGUGUUCUUGAAACUUUUGUUUCGUGCGGCCCACUGAUCAUGGAGAGGAUCCACCAGACAAGAUUCGUUAUUGAUUUGCAAGGGAGUACCGAGGGUAUUGAGACAGACGCAUUGUACUCGUUUGUAAGGCAGUCUAUUUCGUCUGUGUAUCUUUCAUGUAGGCCAAUGAUAUCUCCAUCAUUCUAUGAGUGCACGGUAUCUGUGCAGGAGGAGUUUGUUGGAGAGACAUACAAGUCUCUUUCCAGGCACUGCUGCAUUGUACAGAGGGAGGAAUACGAGGAAUGCACUGGAUUCUGCGUGAUUGUUGCACUUGUUCCACAAAUGCAGUACUCUGUGUUUCUAGAGGACAUUAAGAUCAGAACCAAGGGAACAGGAUAUAUGCUUCUGAAGGAAAAAGGACACAUAUGUGUGCAAGAUGCCAUGUUCAGCAAGUAUAUUGAUGAAAUAAGAAAGAAGAAGGGAAUGAUGACUGAAGAAAAGAUUGUGCAAGAGGCGUCUAAGCAACGAACACACAAGAAAUAA